AUGUUGCUAGUGAGUAUUCAAAUCGUUUCACUUAUUAUCAACACCAUUAAUGCAUUUUGGGUAAGUUUUAUUGUGAAAUUUAUUUAUGUAAUACUCGGAAGCGAACAUUUUAGUUUUCAGAUAGGUGAGGAGCAUUGGACUACGGUAAGUCAUGAUGGAAGAUUAUUGGAUGAUCGCACAGUAGGGGAUUUUCUCAUUUUCGAUACGAUACAUCAUAAUAUUAGAAUGAAGAACGCUUAUGUGGCUUACUGGAUCACAAAAGAUGAUCGUGGUCACUACGAGACAUUUGGCCAUGCUUACUCCACUGAUCAAGGAGUAUGUGCUCGAUUCGUUGAUCGUAACCAGCAACCAGUGAAGCUAUGCGGUGGUUUUCGAGUGUUGUCUAGGAGCAUCAAAGCUGGCAUUCCAAAUCCAUUCAAGUUUGUACGAGCUGAGGAGGUAGAAAAUCAUCAACCUUUAGAAUAUCGUGGAAGACAAAUAGCGAAAAUCGUCAGCUGGCAGAAAAAUGAAGGUUUUUAUGGUAGCGCUAAUAUAGCUGAGCAAACUGCAGAAGGCAUUGAUUAUGAAGAUUCUUAUGUUCAGGUUUAUUUAAAAUUAUUAUUAUUAAUAAUGAUAAUUAUUUUUCUUAUCGAUGAAAAAUACUCGCAUUGA